CCCUCUAGGUGUGUCCCAUACGCCCCGUAACUUUUCAAUUUGAAUUCGGCAAGACGUUGAGAAAGGCAAACAACGAACAGAGAGACCAUCAUUAGGAUCUAAUAUUCAUACUGGACUUUCAUCUUUGGUUCGGAUCUUGGAGACAUUCUGUUAGUGGUUCGCACUUCGAGACUGAAAUUGUGUAGUUGUAGAGUUGUAAUUGCAGACGUCUUAAUUUGUGCCAUUCCUCAUUUCUGGACCAAACAGCUUCUCUCGUGGCGAUCCCUUUUUAAAAUUUAAAAACAACCUCCUUGAGUGCUUAAAGUCUGGUAUUCAUACUCCUCAUCAAGACUUCUUUACCUUCGAGGUUUUGCCGAAGUAUUGUUUAACACCACAACCUGUCACCAAUUCAAAGCAAAAUUCCUUCCUACGACGUGCACAGAGAGACUCGUCGCGAGCUUGGGUCUUUUAGAAUGACCUCUUCAUCUUGCAUCGAGCGGUGUCGUCUGCUGAGCAGCAAAAGAGACGUCCAAAACAGCAAAUGUUGGCGGGCCAUCGCAGCCGAGUGCCUUGGGACGAUUUUGUUUGUAAUGCUGGUCACAGGCUGCAAUGUCUUCAUGGGAGAAGUCCAGGUCAAGGAUGUAAAGUAUCUACAGAUCGCGCUCGGAGAGGGCCUAGCAUACGCCACCAUGAUCUGGGUCUUCGGCGCUGUGUCUGGUGGACAUUUUAACCCAGCAAUCACCCUUGGUUACUUGUUCACGCGGCGGAUCAGCCUGUUCAAAGCAAUGGCAUACAUCAUCAUUCAGAUUCUCAGCGGAAUCGUCGGCGUGGCCAUCGUCAAAGGAAUGACGGCAAAAAAUUACUGGGUCGCUCAAGCCGCGACUGUUAUUCACAAGAACAUCAGCCUGGGCCAGGCUUUUGGAGUGGAGACCAUGAUCACAUUCGUAUUGGCUAUGGUGAUCUUUGCGGCGUAUGAUUACAGGCGGUACGACCUGAAGGGAUCGGGGCCGCUGGCCAUUGGUCUCGCCGUAGUCGUCGGGAACCUUUUUGGGGCGGCGCAAACCACAUCAAGCAUGAACCCGGCCCUAUCACUGGCUGCUGCUAUCUUCACCAACAAGUGGACAGAUCAUUGGGUGUUCUGGGUCGGUCCUAUCCCGGGUGCCAUUGUUGGCGCACUAAUCUACGACCAGAUUUUCGCCACAAACGCCAGCGUCCUCCGAGCGAAAGCCUGGUGGUGCUGCUGCCAUUACGAACCUAACGACACACGAGACGACGAACUUGAUGACGUACAAAAGGUCAACACAAACAACGCUAACAUUAGCAUGCAGACGAUCACCGAGACCGACGGCCGCGUUAUCUAUCGUCUGUGACAGGUAGUCAAUAUGAAAACGCCCAAGUCUAGGAAAAGCGUUGUGGAAUUGGAAAUGUCCUCAGCUGCUGAUAUGGGUCCGGUAAACUGUGAAUAAGUGUGCAGCCUAUAGUCACGCAGGGCGUCAUUGAAGUCUUUUAUUUAAUACUGCAACACCCAUUCAAAUUAACUUGUUGUUGUCUGCAUGGUAAACAACUUCUGUCCUUUUUGAAUCCUUGCCGAUAUCCAAGCUUUGGCGAUCUGCUGGCCGAGUGAGAAUCCCAUCAACCUAAACUUAGUUCUGGCAAUCUCAAGAUGAUUUGGAUGCAACCGUGGGAGUAAGCUAUCAGAAAGGGCUGGUAUUCGAAAACGAGUCAGUGGUAUAUAUACGAACAUUUUUUAUAAUUAUUUGCUCUUGUAUGAGUUUAAAAGGUGUAAUGAAAUGUAAGGAGAACCUUCCGUAUAACAUAUUUAGGAGAGUCAGUGUUACUGAUUGACGGAG